CAAACCUUGCAAGACCGCUUAACUACUUGCUAAUUAACCUUCUUUUGGACGGUUGAUUAAGUGUGAAAGGGUACUAUAAAUGCAAGUGCAAGCUUAUUGGCUGAUUAGAGAAUGAAGAGAAGGAAAUCAAAAGAAAGGAAACCCAGAAUCUUAGAUUGCAUAUCUUAACACACCUGAAAGCCUGAAAAGGGUUAUAUUGUCUGCAUAAAUUAGGGUUUAUGCAACCACUUGGCCGAGCUAGCUAGACAAGGGAAUCUCCAUUAGUGUUUCGAUUAAGAUUCUGAAGAUGGAAUACGAAAUACUGGGCUUGGUUCUUGGUUUGUUGCUUUGGGUUGCUUGGGCUAUAGCCAUAGAGCGUCGCCUCCGCCGUAGCCACGAAGAUGUGAGCCAGCUACCCCCAGGACCGAGAAGCUUGCCAGUGGUCGGCAAUAUCUUCCAACUUGGUUGGUCUCCCCACGAGUCAUUCGCCAUGCUAGCUCGUAAGCAUGGGCCCAUCAUGACUCUGCAGCUCGGCUCGAUGAGCACGGUAGUGAUCUCAUCUAGCGAGGUGGCUCGAGUCAUGUUCAAGAACCAUGACGUAGUUCUAGCUGGACGAAAAAUAUAUGAAGCUAUGAAAGGUGACUAUGGAAAUGAAGGAUCAUUGAUCACAGCCCAAUAUGGCCCACAUUGGAGGAUGCUUCGGCGGCUCUGCACCUCCGAAUUCUUCCUCACUGGUCGCCUCGAUGCCACCAGGGAGGUUCGUCGCCGUUGCAUUGACCGGAUGGUGGAGUUCGUAGCAGAAGCUAGUGCGUCCGGGACGAAGGCCAUAGAUGUGGGGAGGUUCAUUUUCUUGAUGGCUUUCAAUCUCAUCGGAAACCUCAUGUUCUCGAGAGAUCUUUUGGACCCCAAAUCGGAGAGAGGGGAAGAGUUCUUCUACCACGCUGGGAAGGUGAUGGAGUUUGCCGGAAAACCCAAUGCGGCAGAUUUCUUGCCUGUUCUGCGAUGGCUUGAUCCUCAGGGGAUAAGGAGGAAGACUCAGUUUCAUGUGGAAAAAGCAUUUGAAAUUGCAGGAGGGUUUAUCAAGGAAAGAAUGGGAGACGAAAAUGGUCGUGAAGGGAGGAGCAGAGAUUUCUUGGAUGUGCUUUUGGAGUAUAGAGGCGAUGGAGUCGAGGGGCCUCUUAGGUUUUCUUCAAGAACCAUCAACGUCAUUGUCUUUGAGAUGUUCACGGCGGGGACCGACACCACCACCAGCACACUGGAGUGGGCAAUGGCGGAGCUCCUCCACAACCCUCAAACCCUCCAAAAACUCCAGGCCGAGCUGCGAGCUGCCGUCCCGCCAAACGCCAAGCUCGAAGAGAAACACAUGGACAAUCUCCCCUACCUCAAAGCAGUGAUCAAAGAGACGCUUCGGCUCCACCCGCCUCUCCCCUUCUUGGUCCCUCACAUGGCCAUGGCAUCCUGCAAAAUCCUCGGCUUCCACAUCCCCAAAGAGACCCAGAUCCUCGUCAAUGUCUGGGCCAUCGGCCGCGAUCCCAAGAGCUGGAAGGAACCAUUGUUUUUCCGGCCGGAGAGGUUCUUGGAGCCGGAGAUGACGGAGGUGGACUACAAGGGGCAGCAUUUCGAGUUCUUGCCGUUCGGGUCAGGCCGGCGGAUGUGCCCGGCGGUGCCGCUGGUUUCGAGGGUCCUGCCGCUGGCUCUGGGCUCGCUCUUGAAGUCGUUUGAUUGGGUUCUGGGCGACGGCGUCCGGUCAGAAGAAAUGGAUAUGACGGAGAGGAUGGGGAUUACGCUGAGGAAGGCGGUUCCGCUAAAAGCGAUACCAAUUCCAGUAGGAAACAAAGCAGAAGCUUAGUUGCAGGGCUACGAUGAUGGUAUAUAUGGUGUGUCGUAUAUGCAAUAUGUAUGUAUGUAUGUUUGUAUGUAUGUAUGUAUGUAUUAAACAUAUAAAUGGUGUCAUUAUUCCCGUGAACUUUUAUUUUUAUAAAAUCUUAAACUUGGCAUUAUUCUAAAA